CGCCUCUCAGCGCGCGCUCAAAGGCGCACUGAAAUAGCGGAGUGCGCGCUCUCCCAGACAUCACUAAGAUUGCUGCGGAGAUGCUUGGAUGUUGCAUUCUAUCAUACAACACAAAUAAAUCAGACUAUCUUCCACGUACCGACGCCUUAACGACUGUUUGUUACUUUUAAAAUAUGAUAUCCAUGGAAACGCAAAAGUGACUUUGGCAAACCCGCGGUAUCCUUUGGAAGUUUUAAAACAUCAAUAGCUACUCGUUGGACACGCCACAAAAAACUCGACAUGAAUGUUUCACACGGACUACUGAACCGGACGAUCUCUACAGCGAAGCAUCCUUUGGAAAGCGUCCGAGGAUGCUGCAACUUCUCGGUGCUCACCACCAGCGACGGGUUCGGUUCACCGAUUCAGGACGAGCGCGAUCAGUUCAUCAUGCGUUUGGUGCAGAUAGCAGUUCUCUGUGUGCUGUCACUGACUGUCAUUUUCGGCAUCUUUUUCCUAGGGUGCAAUCUACUCAUCAAGUCCGAGAGUAUGAUCAACCUGCUGGUGGAGGACAGAAGACCUUCCAAAGACGCGGAAAUUAUUAUGAUUGCUGCAUGAGUGGAAUACACUGUGUGUCGUGAAUCACCAGUGACUUAACUGACACAA